AUGAACCAAGAGCCGAGCAAACACUUUUCUGAAUACUUGAUCGACCCUCACGUCUACACACACACCCAUUCAGAUGAAGAUUUAAGAGAGAUCCUAGAGGAUUUAUGCCACAAAGUAAAGUCCCUGAAGAAGGUCCUUACUUUUCUUUGAGAAGACUGUCCAAUACAUAAUGAAUUUUGGAAAGAAAUCGAAGAGCUGAGCUUUGCUCUGCUCGGCCUAGAAGUAAUGAUAAUCACUUCCUUUGUAAACCUCUUCACAAAUAUGGAGAGAAUUGACCCUGAUAAAGUAAUUCAACAAGAGAUUAUCACUAAACUUGGCUAUGAAGGAGAGCUUCAGUCCAAGGAUCAACUUUUAGAAGAAUUUGAGAAAAUACAUGGAGAAGAUAUUCAUGUCAGCACUGAAGUUGUCCAAAAAUUCCUUGUAGGAAAAACUAAAAUUUGCACUCCUUCAGUAUAUCUUGUAUGUUCAGUUGCCAAAAGGUUAUACGCAAGAGUGGAGCAAGCCUUAGAUAAUGUCGAGGAUUCUCCUGCCGAUGAGAGUUUACUCAAAAAGCUACUCUAUCAUGCAGUCAUGCUCUCUAAAUGAUUCAUCAUGAUGUAUGCUGCCUCACUAGAUGAUCCGGAUGACUUGCUUUAUCAGAAAAGUGAAGAAUCUAAAGAAAGAGAGAUGCUAAUAGACUCUAUGGAGUAUCAUGAGCCUUCCGAUAAAGAAGAUCACGUAGAAUGUCUCAAUGCAGCAUUGAGCAGAAAUAAGUAUUUGAUGGGAGUGGCAUCCAAAGCUAUCAUGAAGCCAUCUAAGUUCUGUAAAAUAUGGACGGGUCUCUGGUAUGGAAUGUACUAUAAGCUUGCCCAGGAAACAGGAAGAGAGCAAGGAAUGUUUACCAUAACAAUGCCAAAUGAGAGAGCAUUCCAAGAAGGAGUUAGAUAUAAGAAGCAACAAGCCCUCAAAGCCGCAAAUGCCCAGAAAAUAGAUGUAGAAGUUCAUGAAAUGUUUUAUAUUCCUAUAAAACAAGAUGAAUUGAUAACUAUUGAAACUAUGGAAGACACCAGCCAGCCUAAAUCCUAUACUACAGAUGAGGACUGGCCGAUUGAGACUAAUUUUGAAGAAUAUGAUGAUACUGAAUAUAUUAGAGCAAGAAUCGUAGCAGAUUUCGACUACGAAUUAUACAAAAAUCAGAAAAAUCCAAAAAUAGGAAGUGAUGUCAUUGAGGUUGAAGCACUCAUUCUUGAUUUUCAUGGUGGAGCUUUCAUGUUCGGAUCAACAAAGAAGCAACUGAAGUACUCUCAAUAUUUUGCGACUAAGACAGAGUAUCCAAUUGUCAGUCUAGACUAUAGAUUGGCUCCAUCUCAUAAGUUUCCUUCAGCUCUGAAUGAUUGUUGGCAAGCAUAUUUAUGGUUGCUCAAAAAUUCUGAAAAAUAUCUGAAGAUAAAAUUCAAUAAGAUCAUAAUCGGAGGGCAUUCAGCUGGAGCAAAUCUUGCUUUAGGUGUAAAUACUCUCUGAAUCCAGAAAAAUGUCAGAAAACCAGAUGGCUUGAUGUUAAUUUAUCCGGUUAUGAGUUGCACACUAAACUCCUUUGCUCCAUCUCUCCUCCUAUCCUUAGAAGAUCUUGGGUUGAACGCAUCUUUAUUAAGACAAGUGCAGGAGAACUAUAUUCCAAGCGACUUUGAGAACACGAAUCAUCCUCUAUUGUCUCCAAAAUUUCUCUCUGAUGAAAUCCUGAAGGAAUUCCCUAUUUGUCAGAUUUAUGUUGGUGGCCUUGAUCCUUUAAGAGAUGAUGCUAUCAGAUUUGCGGCAAGACUUCUCCAACUAGGAGUCCCCACUAAAAUCUGUGAGUACAGAUAUUGCCUCCAUGGCUUCAUGAACGCAGCAAGGAAGCCCUGGAAGCUAAAGGAAUGAGCUGAUACGAAGCAAAACAUUAGUGACGUUUAUAUCAAAAUGGCGCAGGGCACUUUUUCGUAAACCUCUAAACUCUUUUUCAACAGAAA